GCAGAGACUCUUGGUUGGAGUUUUCUUGCUGUUAUACCCUACACUGAGGUGUCUAAGACUUGGUUAGAGCAAACACUCUCUGCGCCUGAACUUGUUAUCUUCCUUGGGGUUGUACAGAGGGUUAACAAUGCUGUAGUAGAUGGUUGCAAACAGCUUGAGCAGUGGCUUGGUGAGAAUGGAGUCAAAGGUGGUCAGAUCCCGGAUCCAGGUUUGCUAGGAACAAAGGUGGGAGUACCAGCU